CUCCUCCCCUUCUCCCUCCGUGUGUAGCAUAGCAUUAACAUCAGAGUUUUUAAGCGUCAUUAUCAGAUUAUUAACCCUCGUCCUUCCCUUGUCCAAAAGAUUCUAACAGCGGUCCCCACCCACUCUCAGUGCGAUUUGCUUUCCAAUACAGAGUUAACAGUUUCCGCGCCAAAGGAAACGCAGAACAAGACGAACAACAGCAAUGGCGGUCGACGAUCGGUUCGCAGAUUUCAACCCUAAGACGUGCGUCGUUUUAGGCGGCACAGGAUUCCUCGGAAGAUCGUUGGUCCUGAGGCUGUUGAAACUCGGUAACUGGAUCGUCCGAGUUGCCGAUUCCGCUCACUCUAUCCAACUCCACGACUCCGAGUCUCUCCUCGCUCAAGCUCUCUCUUCUGCUCGCGCUUCCUACUUCCACAUCGACCUUCGCGAUAAGCGCAACAUUGCCAAAGUUCUUGAAGGUUCCUCUGUUGUCUUUUAUAUGGAUGUUGCCAGCAUCGAUGUGAAUGACUUCUAUACUUGCUAUACGCUCAUAGUUCAAGGUGCAAAGAAUGUCAUUAGUGCGUGCCGAGAAUGUAGAGUGAGACGCCUAAUAUAUAACAGUUCUGCGGAUGUUGUAUUUGAUGGUUUGCAUGAUAUUCAUGAUGGAGACGAGUCGUUGGCGUAUCCUUGGAAAAUUGACGACAUGUUAAGUGACCUAAAGGCUCAAGCAGAAGCUUUGGUCCUGAGUGUCAAUGACAUUGAUGGCCUAUUGACAUGCUCUCUUCGUCCUAGUAAUGUUUUUGGACCCGGUGACACAAAAUUUGUGCCAUAUUUUCUGAAGUUAGCAAGAUAUGGUUUUGCAAAGUUUAUUAUAGGGACUGGUGACAAUCUUUCAGACUUCACUUUUUCUGAAAAUGUUACUCAUGCACAUAUAUGUGCAGAAAAAGCCUUAAAUUUCCAAACAGUUUCUGUGGCAGGAAAGGCAUUUUUCAUCACAAAUCUUGAGCCUAUGAAAUUCUGGGAAUUUCUCUCAAUUUUGUUGGAUGGUCUUGGAUAUCAAAGGCCAUUCAUCAAACUUCCUGCUAAUUUGGUGCAAUAUAUUCUCUCAGUUUUAAAGUGGUUACAUGAAAAGUUGGGACCCAGAUACUUCAGUUAUCCUUUAUUAGCUCAUUUUUUUCAGUUAGCUUUAUAUACCCGAACUUUCAACUGCCUUGCAGCUCAGAAAGAUAUUGGAUACUCACCAAUAGUCUCCCUUGAGGAAGGAGUCGCAUUAACCAUAGAAUCAUUCUCUCAUUUAGCUAGAGACUCGUCCUUUUCAAGAUGCUGCAGUGGAAAACAGUCAAAAGCCGAUAAGCUGCUAGGUGGAGGAAAAGUGGCGGACAUUUUGCUGUGGAGAGACGAGAAGAAAUCCUUUACAUAUUUCCUUGUUAUGGUUUUGUUGUUUUACUGGUUUUUCCUUUCCGGAAGAACUUUUAUAUCAUCUGCUGCGAGGCUUUUGCUGUUUGCCACUUUAGUUUUUUAUGGACAUGGUUUUCUGCCAUCAAAGUUAUUUGGUCUUCAUAUACAAAGGAUACCCAUGUCUUGUUUUAAGAUCUCUGAUACAGUAGUGAAAGAUUCAGUUACAACUACAGUGUAUAUAUGGAACAAGGUUUUUCAAAAUAUAAGAGGACUGGCUCAAGGGGACGAUUGGUCUACAUUCUUCAAGAUCGCAGUUUUUCUUUACGUUCUGAAGUUGAUCCUGUCAAAGUUGUUGACAAUAUUGAUAGGCAUAGGUUUGGUGUUCUCAUUUAUGGCAUUUUUUGUUUACGAGCAAUAUGAAUCAGAAAUUGAUGGAUUGGUGGAUAAUCUGUUCAUCAGCUUGAAGGAGUUCAUGAUAUAUUUGAUGAGAAUUUCACCUGUUUCUAUAUCGCGCCUUCAGCAUUAUGAAGGACCAAGAAAAGUAAAAGACCUGAGAUAGCAAAAAGAAAAAAGUUUCACCUUCGCUCUGCGAUCUUAAAGUUCCAUUACACAUCUGUUUACAUACAAAAAAAUUUGAAAAAGUGCUCUGUCCCUAUGAAAAACAUAGGGAAAAUAUAAUCACGUGUAGGAAUUCCCUCUCUCUGUUUUCUGUAAUCACAAUUGAACUAAUGAAUCUGGCCGAUAAUGUAGUUGUUUGAAAGAA